AUGGCGUUUAACGACUGGAGGGGGCUAGGAGCGAAAAACAAACGAGGUGGAAGUGGUGGAAGCUCGUCUAGAUAUUCCACGCUGGGGACAGGAGAAGGGGGAGGAGGUCCAUCCUCGAGAUCGUGGGAUCCGAAGAUCGGAGGCUCUAAGGGAGCUUCUUCCUCCUCCUCGAGAUCGAGGAACCCGGGGCUCGGAGAUCUCCGCAGAAAUCCGUCCUCCCCAAAGUCCGGAACCUCGUUUGGAGGUGGAGACAGGGAGAUAGGGGAAUCGGGGAAGAUCCUAUACACAAAUGUGGUACUCUCGGGCCGCAGACCUCCAAACUGGGGCCGGACUCAGCGGGAGACGAACAAUUCAGCCAAAAGGAUUGCAGGUGCGAUGGAGAAUGGUUGGCAGAUCCCAAAUAUGCCCGCCCUCACUAUAGCACUUUCCAGUCAGCCAAAAUUGCGAGUGCGAUAG